AAGUUGUUGUCAACGCUUACUACGAACUCUUGCGUCACUAUGAGCAACGUUUCUAUUUCUCUCAUAUUUGUUGACGCUUCACAUUAACUCUGGAGGAAGCCGUUGCCUUGUUGGAACUAUAUUUGGUUGUAAUGAUUAUCUCAUUCUCUUGGGCCAUUUAUUUUAUAUUCGUGUCGAAACCGUUGUUCGGGAAAAACUAGCUGACGAGCGUUAGCCAUGGCUCGAUGACAUUCAACGAACUAAUUUACGUCGAGUGAAUGAAUCAUCCGCAGGCAGCAGAUGGAUUUCUCCAAAUUCCUGGACGACGACUUUGACGUGAAAGACUGGGUGAACGGCGCUUUUCAGGUGGUGCAGAAGGAUGAACCGGGGAAGGCAGACACGCACGCUGCGACGCUGGUUAUGAAGCUGCAGCUUUUUAUCCAAGAAGUCAACAAUGCCAUUGAGGAAACCAGUAACCAAGCCCUGCAGAACAUGCCCAGAGUGCUGCGAGAUGUGGAGGCACUGAAGCAGGAAGCCACUUUUCUCAAGGAGCAAAUGGUUCUUGUCAAAGAGGACAUCAAGAAGUUUGAGCAGGACACAGUGCAAUCCAUGCAGGUCCUGGUGGAGAUCGACCAAGUGAAGAGUCGCAUGCAGCUGGCAGCAGAGGCGCUACAGGAAGCCGAUAAAUGGAGCACACUCAGUGCAGACAUUGAGGAGACCUUCAAAUCACAGGAUCUUGCAGCCAUCUCCUCCAAGCUGACCAGCAUGCAGAAUAGUCUGGCCAUGCUGGUGGACACGCCAGACUACUCUGAAAAGUGUGUCCACUUGGAGGCGCUUAAAAACAGACUCGAGGCCCUGGCCAGCCCCCAAAUAGUGGCAGCAUUUAAUUCCAUGUCUGUAGACCAAGCAAAACUGUUUGUUAAGGUCUUCUCAGAAAUCGACAGAAUGCCGCAGCUCCUCGCAUACUACUACAAGUGUCAUAAAGGCCAGUUAGUGACUAUGUGGCAGGACCUCUCGCAGAGCGAGCUCAGCCUGAAUCAGCAGUUCUCCGAAAUCUACGACACUUUGUUGUCCACGUGGCACGCUCAGCUCCAGUGGUGCAGCCAGGUUUUCAAGAACCCUUAUGAGGUGGUGACGGUGUUGCUGAUCCAGACACUGGGUUCCAUGGUGCCCUCCAUCGCUGUGUGCCUGAAAACAGCCAUGGAUCGGGCGCCCCAAGAGCAGCGCCUCGAUGUCCUACUGGAGCUCAACCACACUACGCUCACCUUAGGACAAAACUUGGAGGCCGUCAUGAUGCCGAACCUUGGCGAGAAUAACCUCCUGAAGGUAAAUGAGCUUGUGUGUGUGCUCUAUGACCCUUACAAGCCUUACCAGUUACAGUAUGGAGAGCUGGAGGAAAAUCACCUCCUUAUCCAGCUCAGUGCUGUUCCUUUGGAACACGGGGAGGUCAUGGAUUGCGUGGAGGAGCUCAAGCACUCGGUCGGGAAGCUGUUUGGCCUGGCAGGUGCCGCCGUGGACCGUUGUAUGAAACUGACCGAUGGGCUGGGCGUGUGCGGCCUCCUCAAGGCUCUUAAAGCUCUCUUCACCAAAUACAUGUCUGACUUCUCAACUACACUGCAGUCAAUCAGGAAGAAGUGCAAGCUGGAGGACACUCCGAGUUCUUCUGUUUUCCAGGAGGACUGGACUGCUUUCCAGAAUUCAGUCAGAAUCAUUGCCACGUGUGGGGAGUUACUGAGACAAUGUGGCGCCUUCGAGCAGCAGUUGUCAAGCAAGAUCAUGGGCACGGGAGGCAAGUACCUGUCGGAGUCGUAUAGCCCUCGCAGCCUGGCGGGCAUACAGGAAGCCAGUGCCCCAGAGAGGAAGGGUGCCACCAAAAAUCCCUGGCAGGAGUACAACUACCUUCAGAGGGGCAGCAUGGCCGAGUACAACGGUCUCAUGGAAGUGCUCUACUCGUUAAAGGAGAAGGGCGCCGGCAACUCCAAUCUCUUAGCCGAGCCGAGAGCGGCGCUGGUGCGACUCAACCAGCAGGCCCAUCAGCUGGCCUUUGACUCUGUCUUUUUACAGAUCAAACACCAGCUGUCCCCCAUCGCCAAGAUGGAGAGUCAAGAGUCGCCGGCUUUAGGGGAGAGCUACGCUGAGGAUCUGCCCACCUUCAGCCUUUCACCACAAGAGUACAUCACAAAUAUAGGUCAGUACCUGAUGUCUUUGCCGCUCCACUUGGAACCGUUUGUGACACAGGAGGAUCCGGCGCUGGAGUUGGCCUUGCAUGCUGGGAAGUUACCUUUUCCUCCACAGCAAGGCGAUGACCUUCCCGAGUUGGACAACACAGCGGACUACUGGCUGGGCGCCAUCGCUCGGGCAACCAUGCAGACGUACUGCGACGCCAUCCUGCUCAUCCCCCAACUGAGCGCACAUUCCACUAAACAGCUGGCGACGGAUAUCGACUAUUUGAGCAACGUGAUGGAUGCUCUGGGCCUGCAGCCGUCUCGCACCCUCCAGCAGAUUUUCACACUGUUGAGGGCCAAGCCAGAAGACUACAGACAAACCGCCAAACAGUUGCCUCGGCGACUGGUGUCUGCCAUCGCCGCCCUCCGCUCCAUGGACCACUAAAAAAGAAAUUUAGUGGGCUUUUCGGCCCCCUCCCUGUUUGCAUUUACACUGCUGUGUCCACUGAGGUGAUGAUUUAUAUACCAGUGUCUUUUCUUUCUCAACAGGAAGGAUGAAUGUCGCGACUGGAGGUGUUUGUUGUUUGUCAUGGCCGGUUCUCUGAGCCCAUAUCUGUCUCAGCUUUACCUUCAAUUCUUGCAUUGCUACAUUAUGAGGUCAGGGUAUGUGUAAGACUAUUUAACAUCGAGGAGAUAAUUAUAUUACUUAUUAUCAUGAUAAUACUGUUUUAUUGUAUUCAAGACCAACUUUAUGUUUACUGAGUUUCAUAUUCCAAUCAGUUGUUACUUCUUGUGCGCUUUUCAAGUGGAAAUUUCCAGAAUAUUUUUAAGUGUACUGUAAAUGUGUAUAUAAA